GUGACUAGAAGUCAUAUAUAAAAGUCAGUUUGUGCUCAGGGCAGUCGAUAAUCCUUGAUACUAGAGGUUUUAUCCAGGAUGCAGACCUUGGUAACUCUGUGUGCUCUUCUCUCGCUCCUCUUUUCUGCACAUGCAGAUGUGGUGGAACGUUUUGAGGAUGUGCCAGAAUGUGUGAAGUACUUCUAUAAAGACAAGGUGCCAGAGUGGGGGGCUUCUACACCUGGUGCUGCCCGUCUCUGUCAGCGCUUCGUCAACAGGUACCACUUUGCCACACUGUACGACACCAACCAUCGUAUCGCUGUCUACUCUGCCUAUCAUUUCCAGCCCAGCAAUGGAGGAGGCAGAGAGAGAAGGUGGUUUGUUGAGCCUCAGCUGGUAAACAUGUCCUGGCAAGCAGAAAUGAAGGAUGGCUACUGGCUGGGGAAAGACCACCCUGGGGUCUACCUAGGAGAAAGGCAAGCUCUGAAUGAGGACUACACACACUCUGGGUUCGACCGUGGUCACCUCAACCCCAAUGGACACCAUGCAGUCCCUAGCCGGAAUGCCACUUUCACCCUGACCAAUGUGGUUCCUCAGAACCCCAAACUGAACCAGAACGCCUGGAGGAUCCACGAGUCCCAGCUUACCGACCUUUUCCGGGAAAAGUGUUCAAAGGCCUACGUGCUGGUCGGUGCGGUUCCUUCUGCAAAUAACUGGAUCAUCAAAAACAACGUGAAGCGUGUCAACAUCCCAGACUACCUGUGGAAUGCCUACUGCUGUGUGGACAACAAUGACAGACCCGUCCAGAGUGGCGCUGCCACUGCGAGGAACACAGAGGACAACUGGGUGGAGAAGAUCUCUGUGGAUGAACUGGGAGAAUUCCUGCAGCAGUUCUCUAAUCAACCAGUAGGAGAACUGUUUUACAACAACUGCAGGGCAUGAUAUGAGAGGGAUGAUGAAAAAGUCAUUUUAGGUGCCAUUGCUUUUUAAUGUUAUGUGAAUUACUAUUACGACAAAAAGCUUUAAUAUUAUAAAGCUUAUUCUUCUUCUAAUCAACCACAAAUAGAUGAAUAAAAAUAAACAGCAGUGGGUUAAAGUUUA